GGUUCGACGCGCGCGCUGUCGCGCCGCGUGGGACAGUCGGAGCGAGCGGAGACUCGGCGUCCGGGUUCGGCUGGAGCCGGUGGCUGCCGAGUGAGUUCGGCUCAGCUCGGCUCGGUUCGACGCCCUCACGGCAGCGCCGCGCGGGUUCAGUCGGAAAGGUGACUCGGGGACAGGACAGCGUCCGGGUUCGGCUGGAGCCGGUGCACUGUGCCGGCGGGACGCGCAUAGACAGUUGGGAUUUUUCGAUUGGGAGUGAACCCUGUGAUUCCAGCCAUGGGCUCCUCAGCAUCUUCUCCUGCUACUGCAGUAAACACCUCAAAUCCUUCAGAUCAUCAGCCUGCUUCACCACCCUCAGGAUGCCCGAUGCAUAAAAGGCAAAGGAAAGGCUGUCCAGUGACUGCAGCAACAUCUGACCUUACCAGUGAGAGCAAAGCACACACUGUGCCUGCUCACCAAGAGCGGGCCUAUGAUUAUGUGGAAUGCCCUGUUACUGGUGCUGCAGCUAAGGAUAAGGAGAACCUCGAUCCUUCAAACCUGAUGCCACCACCUAAUCAGACACCAUCCCCAGAUCAGCCAUUUACUUUGUCUACCUCAAGAGAGGAAUCAUCAAUUCCGAGAGCCGACUCUGAGAAAAAGUGGGUUUACCCUUCUGAACAGAUGUUCUGGAAUGCCAUGUUACGGAAAGGGUGGAAGUGGAAAGAUGAUGAUAUUAGUCAGAAAGAUAUGUACAAUAUCAUUAGAAUUCACAAUCAGAACAAUGAGCAAGCUUGGAAGGAGAUUUUGAAAUGGGAAGCCCUUCACGCUCAUGAGUGUCCUUGUGGCCCAUCAUUGGUCCGAUUUGGAGGUAAAGCAAGAGAGUAUUCACCAAGGGCAAGAAUUCGUUCCUGGAUGGGGUAUGAAUUGCCUUUUGACCGCCAUGACUGGAUCAUCAAUCGUUGUGGCACAGAAGUUAGAUAUGUGAUUGAUUACUAUGAUGGUGGUGAGGUGAACAAGGACUAUCAGUUCACUAUCCUGGAUGUGCGUCCUGCCUUUGAUUCAUUCUCCGCAGUAUGGGACAGAAUGAAGGUUGCUUGGUGGCGCUGGACUUCUUAACUACUGUUUUGUUUGUUAUGAAAAAAGUGAAACUUUUUUCCUGAGAAAGCUGUUAAAACUAUUUUCCCCAAACUAAAUGCACUCAUAACAUCACUGAGGGUACUUUUCAAGUCAGUGAUCAUAUUUGAUCUCGUAUUUAACAAAGAUGCCAUGCUCCAUUAAAUUUUGAGUCACAUUUUCCAUUGCAGAUAAUAGGUCAGUUUAAUUUUUUUCCUGUUUGGUAUAAGUUCCUUAGUUUUCCCACUAACUCCAGUAUUUCAUGUUAUUUUCUUUAGACACCUUAACAACCUGGAAAAGAGGUUUUUCAAAGCAUAAAAAGUUGUUUUUAUUCUUACUAUUUCCUCAGGAGUAUUUGAGAUAUAAAACCUGAAAGUGUGUGAUGCUUUUACCUGCCAAAUAAUUUAACUAUAUUCAUUAUAAAUAAGAAGCACUUGUUCUUGUUUUAAAAGUAACUAAUAUUUCUAAAAUCCCUUUGGUCUAAUUAUCAAUCCUGAACAAAAUAUACAAGUAUAUACCAAAUGAAGUUCGCAAGACUGAUAUGUCUAUAUUUAAAUGUAAUUUCAGAUUUGACCCUGUUAAAAAUUUCAACCUGAUACAUAAAAAUUUCAAAAUACUUAUUUUUUUCAAUUCUGUCUCAAUAUGUAACUAUGAAUGAAAAGCUGAUCACACCAUCCCUGGAGGAUGACAAAUUAUCUUAUGUUAUCCCAUCCCAUUCCCUCUUCCCACUUGGAGCUUGCCACCAGUAGUGUAAUGUAAACCUUGAGAGCCUGGCUCCAGUCACAGUGCCAGAAGUGUUUCUUUGACGAAUAAGAUUAUAUUUGGCUAAGUGUUAGAAUUCACAAGAAGUGCAUUUUUUUUCAGAUGUGAAAUGUUUAUAUCAAUUCACCAUCAUUUUGAUGUUUUAAGCAUGUGCUAAGUUUGCUGUCAAAAACUGGUUGUUUUGCUGGGCAGUAGUAACACAAGCCUUUAACCCCAGCAUUUCAUAGAUCUCUGAGUUUGAGGCCAGCCUGGUCUACAGAGUGAGUUCCAUGACAGCC